UUUCCUCGGAUAACUAAAUCCGAAUUGGAGCAAUAUCGCUUGAAAGUGUCCGUAUGGCACAAAGAUCUCCUCACUCAGAAUUCCCUCAUCGGCGAGACGAUGAUAUCGUUACGGGACCACGACUGGGAUUCCCCCGGUCCCCGAUGGUAUCAGUUGGAGGCGAAGUCGGUUGGAAAUCCCACCGGAUCCGUAUCCAUGGAAAACGGCCACUGCGAACGUUCACAUUCGCUUGACCUUCUCGCUAUGGGACCGGGAACGCCGGAUCGGUCCCCUCUCACUGCUGUUACGAGACGCGCACUUUUCCGAAAUGCCUCAAAUUCUAGCAGCACAUCGUCACGCAAUUCUCGUGGCGUCCGC